AUGGCUAUUACAACGCAUUUUAUUGAUGAUUCAUGGAGGCUUCAAAGUCAUAUUCUUAGAUUUGUUUAUGUACCUGCCCCACAUGAUAAGGAUACGUUGUGUAGUGCGUUGAUUAAUUGUUUGUUAGAGUGGAAUCUUGAAAGAAGAUUAUCAACCAUUACAGUUGAUAAUUGUAGCACAAACAAUGCAAUGAUGAAGACUUUGUUAGAUGAGAAACUUUGUAAAAGGGAUUUAUUGUUGAUGGGUCGAUUGUUUCAUGUGCGUUGUGCCGCACACAUCUUGAAUUUGAUUGUGCAAGAAGGGCUAAAGGUGAUAGGAGAUAGUGUUAGUAAUGUGUGCAACAGUGUCUUAUACUGGAUAGGGUCAUCAAGUAGAAUUGAAAGGUUUGAAGAAGCUGCACGGUUGUUACAUAUUUCUUGUAACAAAAAGUUGGAGUAUGAUUGUCCAACUCGUUGGAACUCAACAUAUCUAAUGUUGAAAACGGUCCUAGACUAUAAAGAUGUGUUUAUGAAGUUGAGUCUAACUGACACUAGUUAUCGUUGUUAUCCAACUGAAGGGCAAUGGAGUGCAGCAGAAGAAGUUUGUUGUAAGUUGAAGCUUUUUUAUCAUAUUACUGAACAAUUCUCAGGAAGUCAAUAUCCACCUUCAAGUCAGUACUUUUCAAAAGUUUGUGAAAUUAAGCUAGAAUUGGAAGUUUGGGUUAAAAGUUCUAAUCUUUUAAUUAGCUCUAUGGCAUCGGCAAUGUUGUUCAAAUAUAAGAAAUAUUGGGAUGACGUGCAUAUUUUUAUGGGUGUGGCUGCUAUCUUUGAUCCGACGUAUAAGAUGAAGUUGGUGGAGUUUUAUCUUCCACAUAUUUAUGGUGAAACAAUUGCUUUAGAUAAGAUUCAAGAAGUUCGAACCCACUGUUUCGAUCUCUUUCAAGAGUAUAAGAGUAGAGUACCUACUACACAUGAAGCAUCUAGUUCUAAUGAAGUUGUUGGUUUUAUUGACGUUGAUCGUCUGUCUAGCUUUGAUAGAUUUGUCGCUUCGAGUAGGGUUAAUGUGGUCACAAGAUCGGAGCUAGAUUUGUAUUUAGAAGAAAGUUUGCUACCUCGAACUCCAUCGUUCGACAGUUUAAGUUGGUGGAAGACAAAUGGAUUAAAGUUUCCUACUUUGCAGAAUAUGGCUCUCGUGACAUCUUAG